CACAUGAUUUGUUUCAAAAUGGCGGACAUAAUGUUUUGUUGUGAAAAUUCUAUUGACAAGGAUUUUAUUACCGAUUCGAAUCAAAAUGCUCGUUUAAAAAAACUAAGAUAACCGAAAUGAAUUUGUCACGUGAGCGACACAAAUAUGAGUCUCAAAAGAAUGAAGAUAUUGGGAUAGCAUCAGCGGAUGACGUUCUGUCUUUAAAUUCGUGGUCAGAUAAGCUGAAUCUUUCUACUUCAUCCUCCUCAGAUUCCAGUUUUCGCCAAGGGAAAGCGUCUUCGUGUGAAAUUCGUGAAAAAGAAAGACCUUCUAAGACGAAAAAAAAAGUAUUAUUACCUGAACGCCCAUUUUCACACACAAAAAAUACUGUAUUAAACAGUGCCAGCAGCAACUUUAGUAAAGAUGACCAUGAAUUGGAUAGCCCUACUUUGUCCCGAACUUCACUUACAUUAUUUGAUUAUGAUUGCCCAUCAACUGAUCAGCAUGAACCAAGUUUUUCAAUCAUAACCCAUGAUGAAGUAGAUUCAUCACACAGCGGAUCUCAAUUAAAUUCCUUUUAUGGUAUUAAAAAUUUCUCAAAGACUAAGAAUAAAGCAGGACUUAAAAAAGCACAUACUUCUACUCCUAGUGGCUAUGGAAUUUAUCCAAAUUUAGACCAGUUUUAUGAAAGUAAUUAUUCUUGUGAAACCACAGAUAAUGUAAAACUAAAAGAAAAUAUUUCUAAGCCUGAACCAAAACAAGAUUUGCGACACAAUCAAAGACCACGUUUCUUUGAUUAUAGUAAUUUUAAUAGCAAACCAUCUAAAUCUUUGGUUCAGCGCAGAAAAGAUUCUCAACUUGAUAACCAACCAGAUACAUUUUCUUCCCUUCCAACAAGCUUAUCUCAGAGUCAUUCUGAGCAAUCUUAUGGUAAACUUGCAGGACAUGGUCCACCUGCUAGUAGAAUGGACCACGGUGGCAUUCAAAGCAAAGCACUUUCAAUGGAGAGAUUGUAUAACUCACAACCUCAGUUAUCUUCAAUGGGGAAAAAAACUACAAAAUUCUCACCUGAUUUAUGGGAACACAAACUUGAGCCAGAAAAUAUUAAAAUGAAAGUGAAGUCAGUCUGGAAUAACUUAAGAUAUAAAUAUGGAUAUGAAAUAAAAUCAUCUUUUAAUGCCAACAUGAAGCCUGAUAGCCCUUUAUAUCUCUUAGGAAGGUGCUACCACAGGAGAAAACAAGGUCAUAGCAGUACAAAAGAUACACUUCCUGAAGACCCUACAUCUGAAGAUGAGUUCACUAAAGAUUUUAUCAGUCGUAUAUGGUUGACCUAUCGCAACAACUUCUAUCCCAUUCCUGGAACGACUUUGAACUCUGAUUGUGGAUGGGGAUGCAUGUUACGAAGUGGCCAGAUGUUGAUUGCACAAUGUCUUGUGACUCAUUACUUAACUAGGGAUUGGAGGAUACAUGACAAACAGAAUGAAACUCAGGGGGCUUAUUAUAGAGAGAUCAUCCGAUGGUUUUCUGAACCUCUUGAUGCCCCAUCAGAUAAAAAUCCAUUCUGUCUUCACCACCUUGCUCACUUUGGGCGGUUACACAAGAAAGAUCCUGGCCAGUGGUAUGGACCUUCAUCUGUUGCAUACAUUUUCAGGGAUGCGUUCUCCCAGGCCUACCAGAGUGUGCCAAUACUUAGCCAGUUGUGUGUUUAUGUUGCCCAGGAUUGUACAGUGUAUAUUGAUGAUGUGGUCAAACUGUGCACAGCAAAGAACAGAUCUGAGAGCACUAGCAGCUCCAAUGAAUCAACAAAUGAUGGAGCUACCUCUAGUAGCACAGGAGUAGAGGCUGAUGCUGAAACUUGGCUGAGAUCUGUCAUCAUUCUCAUUCCAAUGAGACUUGGUGGUGAAGUCAUCAAUGAGAUCUAUAUUCCCUGUAUAAAAGGGCUAUUGUCAUACAGCAACUGUAUGGGAAUCAUUGGUGGCAAGCCGAAACAUUCCUUGUACUUUUUAGGCUAUCAAGAUGACCAACUCAUCUACCUGGAUCCACACAAAUGUCACGAGGCUGUGGACACUUCAAAUCCCAAUUUUAAAAUUGAAACUUACCACUGCACUAACCCCAGAAAAAUGUCUGUCACCAAAAUGGACCCAAGUUGUACAGUUGGUUUCUAUAUUCAUGAUGCUAAGGAGUUUAAAAAAUUUGUCCAUGAGGUUAAAGAGUUCACGUCACCAGCGAAGCAACGGGGCAUUUAUCCUUUGUUUAUCUUUGAUGAAGGAAGUCACCAAGAUUCAAACAGCCAAGCCUUUACAGGAGAAAAAGGGAGGGUACGUGUCACACAUUACCAUCUUGAUGAGAACGGUCAAAGAAAAAGGACAUUUUCUCGUGACUCUGAAGACUUUGUUCUGCUUUGAAUAGUGCAUCUGUAAAACUACAUCCAUUCAUCAAUUUUCAUUCUCUGUACUGCUCAAAAGUGGAGAAUUUAUAUUCCUGAUUCACAGAUGGAUCACAGUUAGCAUUAUGAUAUAAAUAUCAUCCUUAUUUAUAAUCCAAUUCAGAAUAUUUUUUGAAGGGAGGAAAAGUUGUUGCUCUCUUUGUUGUUUUUUUUUUGUUUGUUUUUUGUUUACUCUUUAAAGGUGCAGAUAUUUGCGUAAGUGUAUCAUCAUUUGUUUGUCAGGAAUGUAUAGUAGGUUAAUAAAUGGCUGAGACUAAUUAUUUAUAAUAAUUGCAUGUGAUUUUACUGUUGAUAUGUUUGAAGGAGAUAAAUGAACAAUUAGCUCUGUAACAAUUUGUUCCUGAUUUUACUAUGUCCAUAAAUUCUAUAACUGUAUAUUUCUUGUAGUCAUCCUGAGAUAAUCUCUUUGCUCUGCGCUUACUGUCUAAACUUCACAAUGUGAUCUAAUUGCAAUCAAAGCUUGAAUGGUUGAUUCUUGUUUCUCUCACAAUUCUAAAUGGUUCCCAGACCAAUUUCAAAUGUGUUCUUUGAUCAUUUCACUAUAAUUACAGCAAGCAACCAUCAUUUUUGUAACUCAAACAUAAACCAAAGGGAUGCUUAAUGAAACUGACCUUUCAAAUGUACCUAAUUGGUUUGCUAGUGUAUGCUAAAUUUUGUGCAAUAUUUUCAUAUGCAACAUAUUAUUUGUUCUGGUGAGUGAAAGUAUUGAACCAAUGUAAAAAAAAAAAUUUUUUUUUCAUUUUUAGCACCUACAUAUUUUACAUUACAAAAUGUAGGAAAAAGCCUUUUGGUUAAAUUAAAGAAUUAUUUUUUAUCCUACAAAUUGUUGUGUGUUUUUUUUUAUCCUCCAGUUUUCUAUGGCCUAUUUAAAAAAAUCCUUAGCUUUAAGUUUUAUUCAUGACAGCUAAUUGCAUUGUCUGACAUAAUUCAUUGUUUUCAUCCUGCUAUGUUAAAAUGUCUUUUUCAAAGAGCUUCAAACUCUCCUAUUAAACAAAAAUGCAAUAUUCAAUAGUUCUGAUAGAUAAGUAACAUGGAUGGCAUGUUUCUUCACAUAGAUGGAUAAUUUUUUUUUUAAUUACAAAAACUACUUUGCAAGUGUCUUUUUUAAAAGUAAUGUAGAUUUGAUAUUGUGUAAAUAUGUACUGAUCUAGUAAGUGAAUUGUUUCAUGUUUUCUAUGUUCAUGUCAUUGAUUGAGAUAGUGACAGUGAUACCAAUGGAAAGAUAAUGUAUCACUUAGAUCUCAGCCACAGAGUCUAUGAUGAUGAUUUGUUUUCUAUACAAUCUGGAAAUUUCAGAUUAUUUGAUGUUUCUUUAUAUUUCAAAUAUGAUUUGCGCUAUUUCAUGUGUUAAAUAAAACAAGAAGCCACUUCAAAAAAACAACUAGGUUUGUUCGUUUAUAUAAAGACACAUAAUUGAUAUGGUUUCUCUUCAUCAUCAUUUUGUAAGCAUCAAAUACUGAAACAAAGCUUAUCAGACUUGAUACAAAAUUGUUUCAUUUAAGGUAGGAUGGAAUAGGGCACAUUUUGAGGGAUAUAAGUAAUAGUUGUUGUUUUUAUACUAGAGAAGUUUUCAAAAUUUGCUUGAUAGAGAUGAACAAAAAAUAUUUUUUUUAAAUAGAACAUUGGCUAUAGUGUUUGAAAAAUUUAUAGUCAUUGUCAGUAAGACUCCUUCAAACUGGUACAUCCCGUUUCAAUCAUUGAGAGAGGGAAAAAAAAAAAUUGAAAGCCCAUAAUGCCAUAGAAAAUUUGUUGACAGAUCAAGAACUUUAAAAAAUUGAAACUAAGUAUAAAGUAUGAAAUGGAAGUGUUGAUUUAUUUACACCAAAUCUUGUGUUGGUUGAAAUGUACUGGUACAGUCCAUGUCUUGUGUUGGUUGAAAUGUACUGGUACUGUUCAGUUAAUGCUAAUUUCUCCAAUGUAUUUCUAUCCGAUUCUGAACACAAAUUUUAACAGGAAAUGAAAUGUUGUCAAUGUGUUUUUUAAAGUCGCACUAAGCAAUUCUGAAGUCUUUAAAAUUUUACACACACACACACACACACACAAAGUAAUAGGAUUGACUGUUAAGUGGAAAGUGACACUGGGCUCAUAAAUCAAUUUAGGUUGUAACCUGCACUUUGUUUAAAUACCGGUACAAUUAUUUACUGAAUAAAAUCUCUUAAUCUCCUAUUACUAUAUUUAUUCAAUUGAAAAGUUAUCUGUGUAAGAAGGUAGUUGACUUUUGGAAUACUGUCUCUUGAGUUCAAAGAACUACUGAUACACAUUGUUAUAUUUUGCUAGUUAUGAGUUUGUAUUGUAAAUGUUUUUUGGAAUGUGUUAAGUUCUUAGAUAUCUUCACUGUGUAUAAUUUAGGAUGGUAUAGAGCUUUUUGUAAUAACAUUGCUAUGAAAUCAGUUAAUCUGUUAGUUUCUUUCAACUAAAUAAUUGCAGAAGUGCCAUAAGCUUUAGAUCCCCUUGCAUAUUUUGUACAUAAAAUGUCAUAACUAUCUCCCUUUAGUGAUAUUCAUCUUUCAUCAUUUUAUUUUCAUGAAAUCAUUUUUUUUUAAUCUGAUCACCAUUCAAAUUGGAUUUUUUUAUUAGGCAUAUUAACAAAUCAGUGCUAAAUGUGUGGGUGCUAAAUGUAUAUCAGGGGAAAAUAAAAUGAAUGUUAGAAUUCUCAUUUUAAUGAAAGAACAAAUCAGCUUUCAUUUGUACAAAAACUGUUGCAUGAAACAUAACUGUAUAAUCUUGCAAGAUGAACGAGUAUUCUAUGUGUAACAGACUAAAAAGACUUCAAUAAUUAAUAUUUAAAACAUUAAUUGUUGUUGAUGUAUGUAUAAAUAUAAACACCUUUAUAUAUUGACCUACCUAUUUGUAAUGUUAUACAUAUACCUGUCUAGUCUCAGCAAUCCUGUUUAUCACAUCUCUCUCACCUGUCUAGUCUCAGCAAUCCUGUUUAUCACAUCUCUCUCUCUUUCCCUCUCUCUCCCUGCUAUUGUUACAUUCCACUGAAAAGUUCGUCAUGCUUUAAUAAUUAUAAUUUAUCAGACUUUUUUUUUUUUUUUUAAUAUAUUUUAAAAUGUUAGUAGACCUCUAUUUCAAUUCCUUAAAUUUAUAUGUUUUCUAUAACCCUUUCUGGUCAGCUGUAUGUAAUGCUGGGUGAUCUACACUGUAAAGUGGUUAAAUGUUUCCCUUUUUUUUUAAAGGACCAAUUUUGAUGUUUGAGCAAAUAUACACACACUGAAGUUGUUGCUUUUUGAAAUUUUCAAAAAAUUGAUUAUAUUCAGGUGUAAACAAAAAAAAAGGAGGGGGGGGGAGUGUUGUCAAAAUAGUUGAUUUACACACAUUAAGAACUAGAGGUACUUCAAAAUAAUUUUUUUUUUGUAUGUUGACUUUGUAAUGUCUAUUCAUUUUUUUUUCAAAAGAUAAGCCUUAGUGUAUAAUAUAAUAUAUUUUAUAAUGAGUAAAUGAAACUGAACAAGAAAGAGUCUGGAAAUGCCAACUACACAAAAUGUCAUUAAUCAGUUAACAACUUCGUAAUAGAAUGUGUUUUUUUACUUCAUAGUCAUUUGGCAGACAUAUUUGAAUUCUUGUAAUAUUUUGAUAUCUUUGGGUUUGACUUUGUUUCUGUAAAUAAACUGUCUGAUUGUAUAUUUUGAAGAGUAUGUACAGUUAUUUCUCUAAUGCACAUUAUCUUUUUUUAGUGUGUGUGUAUUGCUAGUCUUGAUAAAAAGAUUAAUAUAUUUGUAUGUCAUUUAAACCAUGAAAUAUUUAGAGGCUUAGGAUCAUUCAGCAAGAUAAACAUUGUACUUGAAACUAGUAUAAGAAUAAGACAUUGUUCAAGUGAGAAAGCAACUUUUUCUAUGGGUAUGGAUUGAAAGUGGAAUUAUCUAAGGCAUCAGUUUCAGCUAGAGUGACCCCUGUCUGCCAUGUAGUUCCACAAGGCAGCCGGCUGCCUUAGAUAAAGCAAUAGUCUUCUCAUGGUUUUGGCAGUUUCAGAAUAGGAAUAUGAAGAGAUUCCCCAGAGUUGCUCAGCCUUUGUCCACUUAUGGCAGAAUUUGGGGUGAAGAGUUCCUCGUUCAUGCCUGUCUGGUUGGAGAAAUCUUUACCAAUGGUCUAAUUGGAUAAUGGGCUUCACUAUUCAGUUCAUAUUUUAAAAUUUAUAAUUAAAGUGUUGUUGUUUUUUUUUUAUUUUUGCUUUAAUUUUAAAUAAAAAUAAACAAUCAGAUUAAAAAAUGUACAUAAGAAGUAGUAUCUCCCAAAAUUUAUUUAAGAUUGAAAUUUUGUCCAUCAAAAAAAAUUAGAUUUGCUUAUUAGCUAUUAUAUCCACCUUUUCUACCAGUCCUUACCCUUGAAAAAAACUUUAUAUAGAGAUAUUUAAAAUGCAUCCCAACCCACCUUUUUCCCAUGCUUAUUUUAUCCACUCCCAUCUAGAUCUACUUGCUAUCCACUGGUUUCAAUGUUGUACUCGACAUGGAACUAGAACUAAAUGUAUUGUUAAUGUGGUUUGUAUUCAGAUCUCAAGAAAUGUUCAAAGUGGCCAUUGGACUUAUCCAAAUCAAUAAGUUAUGAGGUCUUAUGUUUUGUAACAGUAGAACGUAUAUGUUAAAUCAUUGUACAGCUAAUUGGGGUCAUGGAUCUAUUAUAUUAACUUAUUAAUUAACGUGGACAGAAGUGGCACUAAUUUAUAAUGUAAAAAAAAAUGAUGUCUAUGUAAAAUUGAAUAGAUGCCACUUUUUAUGUCACUUGUCAUUUUACACGCUAGUCUUGCUUGAUUCUAGUUAUUGUUCUGAUCUGAUUCAAAUGCAUGUGGCUGUUGUUUUAUAGUUGAAACAUGUGAACCAUAUUUUCAAGUUGACAACAGUUUUGUCUCAAGCUUCAAAGCCAACCAGAAACCACAACACUUUCACUGUGCAGGACCUUCAGUUAGAUUUAAAACCUGACUGAUGAACGGACAGACAAACACAAACACUUUUCUGCUAGGCUUAUAUUUCCACAAGAGGUGGCUGAAAAAAAAAAUACUCUUAAUAGAGCAUCUCUUAUAUUCCUUCUUCCUGUUUUCAUAAACCUUGAACAAAAUCGAAUAAGGUUUUGUUUGUUUUUGAAAGUGUAAAGAUAAGUUCUAUGCUUUCCCAAAGAUUUGUCAGAAAUAUAGAUGACAUAAAGACAAAGUCUAUCAUGGGCAGUGACAGUUCUAUUUAUGAAUAUAACAUGUUUUUCUUUGAUCUGUGGUUCAUUCAAAACUUAUGUGGGUGAUUGAAGGCUCUGGAAAUCAUUGAUAUUUUUUUUGUACUAUACAACUUUCCAUGUGCGAAAGCUGAUUAGAGUUUGUUGUUUUCUGGGCUGGUAUUUCAAUGGGUUGUCGUCUAUGAAUCAUGUUUUGUUUUUUAAAUAAAUAUUCAGUACUUUUAUUUUCACAUUUGA